AUGGAAUUUGGGGCUGAUCCUGGAAUGCUAGCAGAUAAAGUGACCUUCCUAGAAGAAGCGAUGGAUUUUCUUGACAACAAUCCUGCUGUUGAACAGUAUGCUUUCUUCAUGUUGAGCGACAGCAUUCUGCUAUCUGGAAAUAGUCUGAGUGAUCUAGGCGAGAUCUACGUC